ACAACACAAGCUCUAAACUUGAAGCAAUGGAAUUGCUGUGAUAGUUCUGGAACUCCUGUUACAAGCCAUUUGGCUCGGAUGGUCUGUCUAUAUAUAUACCAUAUCCAAACUCGGAGGCAGCAUGGUAGUCUUUGUCGACUAUGAGCGGGAUUCGUACGAUGACGUACACCUACAGCCUUACACCGACAAGGGAAGCCUGUCAAAAGAGACACACAACGAGGGGCUUUUGAAAAACAAUCAUUUUGUGCUCAAUGAGGUCGAAGAUCAGCAAUCAUCCUCCUCUCGAAAUGAUUCAAAUAUAAACGCGUUUAGCCGCUGUUUAGCUUGUUAUCCUGUAGUCAGAGAGCUAGCGCGUUAUCUAGAUUUGAAUACCCUUGACGCUCUUUCCAGGAUGUGUCGGCAAGUCAGAGCGAAUUUAAUACCCUACAGCCGCCAGCUUGUCAAACGAACAUUACGAUGUGAGACACAAUAUAGCACAAUAUUGAACGAGAUCUUAAGUGAAGGGGUUCCACUAUCGGAGGCUAUACAACUUACCAACCGAUCAAUCACCGACGAUAAUCUCAAGAUCGGGAGGCUUCGGUGGGGUAUAUCUGGACUGUGUGCUCGCGAUAUGGUUGCAGAGUGCCAAAGGUGCUCGAAGGUAGUGUGUCGGAAUUGUACGGUCAAACCUCCGAGAGCUACCAUGGCCAGACACCGUCUACGCCGGCUCUGCAAGACUUGCCGUACAGCUCCGAUAGUCUACCACCUCUUCCCUGGGAAUAAGAUGCUGUAUACAGACCUUACCACAUUGCAUCAAAGUAUGCAUUCAUUCACUUUUCCAGCCUUUGCACGUACUCCAUGCCGAUGCGAGGAUACGCUGUGGUUGUGUGAGACUUGCGGCUACACUUUGGGCAAGAAUGACUCGACGUAUCGACAAGUAUGGACAUGGCGUACGCGCUAUGGCGCGUAUCUCGGAACCGGCCUGGGCACGGGUAUUGGAGAAGGUUGUCAAGGUGUGAAGUGUGGGAAAGGAGAGAACUGUCUUGCCGCUCAAGCGAUUGAACUGGAAGUGGAUUGCGAGGCGGACGAGUCGGCAAUCGCGAUUCCACACCACCACAAUCAUGAAUCUAACGGCCGCAUAAGCGAGAAUACAGGGUCACCUCCUGGGAUAGAUGCGCUGUCUCUAAGAGAACGACGUGAUAGUCAUCAACACGACGAUGGACCCGGCUACUUGCGACAAGAAAUUGUCGGCAUCGGUGGAGUCGUCAAGGGAAAGGUCAAGAAAAGAGUGGUAGUUGGCGCGUGCGUGGAGGAAUACGACGAUGAACGCGAAACCGGCAGAUAUCUCCAAAGGGAACUGGAUGGGCAAGAACGAAGUUGGUGUGGAUGGUGCUGGCGAGUCGUUCCCAGUCGCAAAGACUGGGAGCAGGGGGUGAUACCAGUGUGA